CGAGACUUGGUCGAGACUACCACAUUACGGUACAUUUUAUUCACAAAAUUGGCGGAAACUUCUUUAAGGGUACAGUCUUCGAAUGCGAAGAAAUAUCUCACGAGAGCUGACUGGAAAAGUGGCACGCACUGCUACUCAACGAUAUUUAGGAGCAUCGUAGAAACAUCGAAACGAGGCCAUCGUAUCGAAAACAAAGAUGGCGGACAAAAGCAACUCUCAAAUGUUGAAUUCUCAAAAUGAGAAAAAAAUAUUUGACCCUACCGAGUAUCAACACACAAGGUACAAUCCACUACGCGGUGACUGGAUUCUUGUUUCUCCUCAUCGAAUGAAAAGACCUUGGAAAGGACAGGUUGAAAAACCGCAGGAAGAUGAAAUUCCGCGCUGGGACGCGAAAAACCCCUUAUGUCCUAGAACAGUGCGCGCAAGUGGAAAGGCAAGUCUACGGAUUAAUACUAUUUAGCUAAUACAACAUACAUGUGUAGAAUGGAACUUACUUUCACCUUGUGUUAAAGAGUAACGUGUUCUUGGUGAUUAUUCUCGGUAAGCCCACAGGGCAUGUGCUAUUACAUUUAGUACCUCCCCCCCACCAGCUGGUUGAGGUACAUACCUUUUGGAUGAAAUAAAAUUGCAUUUACUCCUGAAUAUGGUUUACCCCUGAAGAAAAUGGGUCUACACCUGAAGAAUUUCAUGAAAAUUAAAGCUCAAGAUACCCCAGACAAAAUACUCAAUUUUUAUGGCUUAUCCAUUGGUCUGGAGAGGGGUGUGGGGUGGGGGGGAACGGAUAUCAAAUGUGAUAGCCGCAUAUCACGUAAAUAUAACACAGAUUUUUGAAUCUUGCUGGUUUGUUCGUGACUUCACGGUGGCCAGAUCCCUUGGUGAACAACAAAAACAUUUCUCUCUGCUGGGAACAAGCUAGUCUGCUACACAGUUGUUUUUAGUGUGGUCACGCAAUGAUCCUCCCCACAAACAUCUGCUGAGAACUGAACAACAUUCCUUUCCCUCUGUGUUUGUGGUCUGACGAAGAAACCAAUCAUGUAUGAGAAACUUGACAAUAUGUGAGCUGCAGGGUGCUAGGAUGCAAACACUCUUCUCAAUUAUCGAUGAGCAAUUUCAAAAACUAUACACGGAAACGUUGUAAGCACAUCCAUGUCACGCAUCACAUUUGCUCAACUUGCUUGCUGCUGCUGCUUAUCUCAUAAAUUUUGAAUAGGACUAUGACAGCACUACUUCAGGUAAUGGCUUGUUUUCACGAGAUGAUUUUGAUUGUUCUGUCAUUCACAAAUGGAGCAACGAUAAAAGCACAGCUGUGAUUGGAGAAGUCACCUUGGUGCGAACACCUUCCAGAAAAUGGGAGCUGAAUUCUUAUUGGUUAACUGCGGGAAAGGAAUGUGGUUCGAUUUUCAGCAGCCAUUUGUGGGGAGAAACGUUGCGUGAUGACACUAAAAACUGUUGUAUUGCAGACUAGGAACAAGCCUGCAAAUGCAGCUGUCUCUCCUCACUCCAACCCACGAGGGACAUUUGUAGGAGAGAUGGCAGUGCAUUAAUGACAGAAAUGCCAUAAUGAUAACAUGUAUAUUCUCCUUGGUGUUUGCAAUAAUGUCAUCAAGCGACAAACGUGGUCCCGGGGGUGGAUCCAGAAAAUUCAGAAAGGGGCAGCUCAGACACUUGCCAGCUAUAUAAUUACUAUAUAUUUUACUGAGAAUUAUUAAAAAACGAUACAAAAUUUCACAGACAGAGGGGUGGCUGUGGUCCACUCGGCCAACCCCUUAAUUCGCCCAUGGGUCCAUCUCAGUUGGUAGAUGUCUGUCAGCUAUGUGCUAUGAAAGUGUUACUUGUUUGGCUCUUUACCAUAUAAACCUUGUUUUUGUUUUUUUCUUCCUGUAGUCUUACCUUUGGAAUGAUGUUACACCAAGGCAACCCACAAUAACUUGUUUGCUUUCUUUGCCAAUGGCUCAAAAACUGAUUUCAACUUUGUACUUUGGCCAUUAGCCCAACUCAGCUUGCAGUCAAACUUGCAAUCCACAUUUAAAAAUUAAACAGGGCAAUGGAACAAAGUAGAAAAGAAGGAAGAAGUGGGGGUUUCAAUGAAAGGAUAUUUGCAGCUUGUCAUCCAUUCAGUUCUUAAUCCUGGCCAUCACAGCUUAACUUGGUUGGUGAUCUUAAAACUGAGUUUUGUGAGGGCUUGGAAGACACAUAUUCACUGUCUGUGAUUAAUCAUGGGGGUACUUCCUAACAAGCCAUGUAAAUAUUAUUCUAUUAUCGACUUUCAUUCCCUGGCUUAUUCUUCACAACCUGCUAGCACUGACAAAAUUUCAAAGAGGUUUGCGAAGUAUCCAUGACUGAUCAAUGUGACGCAAGACUGUACAUGGUACACCAACUUAACUGUUUUGGAAGUGCAAAAUUCAAGAAAAUAUGCGAAGAGUUCACACACUGCCAUAUUUGUAUUUAAGAAAAAAAUGCAAUCUCAUUUUAAAUGUUCGCAACUAAAAUAUUUAUUGCUUUUUAAUUUAUUGAAGGAGAACCCAGACUAUGAAAGCACUUAUGUAUUUGAGAAUGACUUUCCUGCCUUACUUCAAGACGAGGCCCCAUCACCAGGUAUGUUAUUUCUGUUUUAGUUAACAAGUUUGCCCUCAAAGUCUUGAUCAAAACCAGGAUAAGUUGAUAAAGAAACCAAAAUUGUUUGUAGGCAUUAACCCUUGUUUAUUGUCAGGUGCAUCUACUCAUCCAUUACUCAGGUGUGAACCAGCUCAAGGAACUUGGUAAGAUUACAUUUGAAUCAAAUUUAUAUUAUUAUUAUUAUUAUUAUUAUUAUUAAAUUAUUAUCAUUAUUAUUAUCAUUGUUAUUAUUAUUAUUAUUAUUAUAAUUAAGAAUUAUUAUAAGCUAUAUCUUGUUAACAGCCUUUACUGAUUACACAUCUCUUAAGCAGGGAUGUGGCCAGCCUAUAUAGCCAAUCGGCCUAGCCUACGAUUAUUUCCCACUAAGUGUAACUUAACUUUGGUAAUUUGACUAAGUUUGUAGACUAAUGUUUCUAAAUUCCCCAAUCAUUCAUGCUCAGUAAUAGUAAGGGCUAGGAGACAAAGGAAAUUGAGGAUCAACCUAGGCGAAACAAUUUUCACCUGAAUGUUAUUUUGAGCUACAACAUAAAUGAGAAUUAGGAAGCAGCAACAUAAUAUAUUUUGUUAAAGAACCCAUGAUUUUGUGAAUGAAAUCUGCCCUAGCCUGCUAGCAGAGCACUUCUAUUCUGGCAGUGUUUUUAAAUUGUGUAUGAAAUUGUAUGUUUCUUGUAUUUCUUGUAGCUGUUUUUUUUUUUAUGUUUUUGUGAUACGCAUGAACAACUUCAUACCCAGCACAUGCUAAAAACCAUUCCAGAAAGAAAUGCCCUGCUACGAUCAGGGUAGAUGAAAUCUUUGUUGUCAGCAGUAUGUUACCAUUCCUCUCAGAUGUGUCCUUGAGGGACCAGGCCAUUGUUAAGAAUGGUGGGUUCCUUUAGGAAGGAACAUGUAUGUAUGUGUAUGUACUCUCCGUACAUUUCAAGAUUGUAAUUAUUUGUUAUUAUUAAUACUCAGCAGAGUGAUGUGCUUUCAUCCCUGGUCUGAUGUCACUCUUCCUCUGAUGUCUAUUGACGAAAUUUUGGAGGUGAUACGAGAAUGGAUCAGACAGUUCCAGGAGCUAAGCAAAACAUAUCGCUGGGUUCAGGUAGUUUUUAAUCUCUCAUCUCUCUUUGAAUGAUUGCCCGAUCAUGUUAAUUAAACAGCCAUAAAUUUUUCAAUUUAUUUUGAAACUUACCUGAUUUGGUCUAUCUGAUUAGCCCUGCUGUUUGUGGGUCAAGCAGUCCGUGAAUUUUUCAUUUUAAUGUUGAAAAUUAUAAACUUGAAACUUAAGGUUGAACUUGAUUGAUAGUGAGAGUUUCACAGAUUAACACUUCAUCUAUCUGUAGAUAUUUGAAAAUAAAGGUGCUGCCAUGGGAUGUUCAAAUCCUCAUCCACAUUGUCAAGUAAGUUACACUGCUAUUGCUAGUGUCCCUACCUUAUUAAAGGAAAUUAACGCUCCAUGAAAUUAACGCGAAUCGUUAAAAUUCGCGUUAAUUUAAGUCGCGUUAAUUUUGUUGAGCGUUAAUUUCCGCGACGUUAAUUAAGUGCAGCACUAAUUUCCACGCUCUUAAUUUCCAGUAUUUUAACCCCAAUUUUGGAACCUGUCCAGACAUUCUUGACACCUAAAAAACAUUACCUACAAGCUUUCUCUCUUUCCAUUUACCCUUUAUUUUUCAUCUUUCACAAAAGCUUAGGCAAAGGUUUACAAUAUUUGUUAAAUUUGUUUCCAGUUGUCACCACCAACCGUGUCUUAAUUGAGUUAAUUUCCUUUAUUGUGAAAUUCUACCUCCUCUUUCGCGUUAAUUUUCUUUAUUCGAAAGUCGUUUGCCAUUAAAUUCGCGUUAAUUUAAGUCGCAUUAAUUUCCAAUACCUUAAUUUCAUGGAGCGAUAAUUUCCUAUAAUAAGGUAUACUGUAUAAUUUAUUGAUUUAAUAAUAAUUGAUACUUUUUUAUUGAUGCAAGACUCAUCAGCCCGAACAAAAUGUUUUUCAAUAAGAGUAGUAGGCAGGAUAAAAUUAAUAUAGUAGCAGGUGGCAAAGGUCAAAUAUAUGUAGUUUUAAUAUAAAUUUGAUAUUACAUGUGCUCAACCUAAGUGUUAAGGCAGCAAAUAUUUCAUUGGAAUCAGCAAAAGUACUGGCUACCAGCCAACUCAUUUUUACUGGGCUGCUCUUUUAAAGGGGUAUAGAAAGGUAAAUUAGAGACUUUGUGAGACUGCGAGACCUUGGUUUCAAAGUUUGAAACUGAGACUGUGCCCAUGAACUCUGAAAAAUAAUCGACUCCUGAAGGCCAAACGGAAAGAGGAAACCCCGGGGUGGGGGGGUACUGCCAUAUAUGGGCUAUAUAGGUAUGUGCCGCCGUGAAGGGUAUGGUUUUUGCAUCUAGGAUAGUUUAAAUCAGAGCGUUUGGGAGAAUAGGGUAUAUUUUUAAAUGAUCAGUUGGUUGAAGAUUUUUUAGGGUCUAGGAUAGGGGAUUUGGGGAGUUUACUCUGGUAUAGGGUAGCAAAAUUCAGCUGAACUAGCUCUGGUAUAGGUUAAGGGUUCCAGGGUCCCAGCGGCACAUCCCCACCCAGAAAUUCCUAAAGUGCCCCCCCCCCCCCGGGAAGGAAACGACAAAUCUGAGACUCUGAGAAAUAUUACGUGUUGGCCAAAAAAUAUUCUUGUAAAAGGAUAAGUGUUAGUACAUGAUGUCCAUUGUACAUUUUCAUGACUUCUAAUUGCCAGCUUUUGAUGUCCAAUUGUUUUUAGAUUUGGGCAAGUUCCUAUUUACCUAAUGAACCAGCAGUAGAGGUGAGUAUUCAGCAUGAUAUUUUACAGUAUCGUCUUCUUGAAGUCAGAACAAGCAUUUACAAUCUGCAGGGACUUUCUUCUUCUUAGAUUUGUCUCCUUUUGCCUUCUGCUCUCUCAUGACUUCUCGUGACUUCUCAAAAUGGAGAGCUUGCUUGCAGGCUUCUUACAUUAAGGUGGGAAAUCUAACAUGCAAUUCACUUUGCAUUUUUUUCAUCUUUUUGCUUUUGUGGUAGGAUCGUACCCAGAAGGAAUAUCUACAGAAACAUGGAGUGCCGAUGCUAGUUGAAUAUGCAAAACUGGAAGCAGAACAGAAGGUUAGUAUGAGAAAAGUUUGCUGUUUUUCAGUGAUCAUCUGACAUUAAUGACUCCUGGCUAGGAUGCCCUCUCGCAGAAUCAGAUCAACAAAUAAGACUAAACACAAGCCACAGGAGGUUGCAGUUGUAACCUGAGAAAACAGCCAACAUUUCACGACGCCACCACUGGUUUCCCGGGGAAAUGACGUCUGAGAAACGAGCACAGAAAUUCCAUACCGGGGAGUCCUGCAUGAUACUGAUGAUGUUUCACUACCAAGAUCUGAUUAGUUGAAAAUUUGCUUCAUCCAACAAGAAGCACUACCCAGAUCUGCGUAGUCGUUUCUUAAACGUCAUUUGCGGGAAAACCUUUGGUGGCACCGCGAAAUGUCGGCUGUUCUUUCAGGCUAUUGCAUUUGGAGCUAAACCCUCUUGGUGUUGAACUGAACAAUAAAAUAAGGUAGUUUUUUUUGCAAUGGUGUUUCUUCGUUCUUGGAUAAGAUUACUUGGAGCCAUUGCUGGGCUAACCCCAGGCUAACAGUACGUCACCAGUAGCAUUACAUUACAUUCUUCUUUAAUUCAAAUAUCUUAUAGGUUCGAAUUGUUGUGGAAAAUGAUGACUGGAUUGUAGUCGUGCCUUACUGGUAAGUUUCUGUACAUGUAGCCUCUGGUGACAGUAUUGAAGUUUUUUGCAGAAUGUCAAGAAAGCCAGGGAUAUUCGUUUAACCUUGGAAAAGGUUUCUGUUAGUGCUAGUCAUUUGUUUUAUCAGCCAAUAAAAAACAAACCAACCAAAACAUGGACUCGCCAUUUUGCUGCCGUUUCGCUGUUUGUCGUCGAUCGGCAACCCAGUUUCUGUUCCCCCUAGUUAUCUAAAAUUUUCGGCAGUCUUUUUGUAAGCUGGAAAUUAGUUGCAUGUACGCUAAACCAACCAAAAACCCUGCGCAUUUGAGUCCGUUUGCUAAGCCAGUGAAAUUCGUACACUGGUGUGCUUGUUGCUUCAGUUUUGUUUGUGUGUUACCAUUUUAAGGUCAAACAAAAAGCACUGUAAUCUAGAACUGAGUUUGAAGCUCGUUAGGUGGACUAAAGCACAAUAUAGCAAAGUGUGUGCAUGAGAUUCCUUAUUUCAUCGUGGAAACGAACUAGAUGAAAGCAUAGACAUAAGUUCAACGAUCCAGGUUUUUCUUUUCUUGUGCUCAGCUUUGUGCUUGUAUGUAAGCUUAUUUCCCCUUAACACCAGACUCCCGUACUCAUACUUGUGCUUGCAUCGACUGUUUACAUCAAAACGUUGAUAUCAAUAUUAUUCCCAUACAGUACACAAACGUCGUCAUAAAUGACUACAUCCCUGAAAUAGCUUCUCUUUUUCUGUUCUUGAUUUUGUUUUGUUUUUUACUUUAUCGCGUAAUUGCUGUAUUCCAGGGCGACAUGGCCUUAUGAAGUCCUCCUUCUUCCAAGAAGACACGUACUACGAUUAUCAGAUCUCACUUCAGAGGAACAAAGAAGUAAGGCAUGAUCGGUUGAGAGUGGCUUCACUUAGUGGAACACCCCCCCCCCUCCCCUCAAUACGACAGCUCUAUUAAUACUACCCUACCCCUGUUAAUAGCCCACACCGUUAGUCAACCCCGUUAAUAUUACCACGGCACCUCGUCAUUACGACUCCCCGUUGACACGACCACUCCGUUAUGACGAUUUUAAGUUAUUUCCAUAUACUGCAACCCCGUCAUUAAACACAGGCAUCCUGUUACAUCGGGCAACGAGCGCCUUUUGGAUUCUUAAGUCGUUAUUUUUUAUAGGUUUUCACUGUUUUAACCUCUAGUAAGCGAGGAGCAUACGGCAUGGAACCACACAUUUUGUAACUAAGUAAUUUGCAUGCAAUAAAUUCUCUUCCCGAAAAUUUGGUGUAUCGGGUCCUCUACUUGGAAAAGAGCCCCCGUGGUUUGUAUUUUGUGUAGUCAUUUAAAGGAGCUGUGUCACCAGAUUUAUCAAAAUUCUUACAGUAUGAACUGCCACCAAAUUAGAUGAAACAUACAAAUAACCGCUCAAAGCAGCAAUAAGUGACACAAAAAAUACUAAAGAAGGCGCGGAUGGACAAACUUGCAGCUGUGGGUUUUUGAAAACUUGUUAGCCUAACGGUUUUUCAAAGCUCAUUUUUGUUUGUUUGUAACAUACGAUAUGACACGUGGGACGAAAGUUCGUUGGACAAUAAGCUGUGGGUACCGUAUUUAUUCGAUUAACCGCUCUGGAGCCCGUUUCUCGAAAGUCCCGUUAAUUAACGGGCCCGGUAGGCUGUCUCCGUUUACAUUAAAGAUCGUGGUUUCAAUAGUUUUGCAUCUAACAUGAUAAAACUGUCAGUUAAUGAAAAAAAAAUGGAGUUGUUUGCUAGCCAGGACCCACGCUCUUAUUCUUUGUAUUUCGAUUUGAAUAUUUGGUUUCGGGCCUGUAAAGUUACCGGGACUUUCGAGAAACGGGCCCCUGGGCGCUUAUUAAAUUUUUGGACCUUGAGAGUGGGCACUUAUUCGAGGUGGGCGCAAAUUUGGGGUUGGGCGCUUAUUCGAAUAAAUACGGUAACUUAUAAGUAAUUUUUUCGCUUACUUUAAGUUCUAUAGCGCAUAAGGAAGCGUAAUUGGCAAAAUUAACCCAGUGACCAAAAUCGAUUUUCUCCUAACGAUAUCCAUACAUUGUCUAGAGAUUAGGUUAUGAGAGGUAAUGAAAUGAUCUCCAAAGAGAAAAUGUCUUGAUUUUUAAUCAAAUUUUCUCAACACAUUCUGUAAGGAAUUGUAUGGAGAUCAGUUUGGAGAAUUUUUAUGUUCAUAUUGGGGCUUAAAGGGUUAACCGUGAAUUAGACAACCGUGACACAGUCCCUUUUAGGAUGGUCGGGCAAUAUCAUGUUGUAACGCCACUCCGUUAAUACGACAAAAAUUUCUUGGCCCAACACUGGUCUUUGUCUUAACGAGUUUCCAGUUCACCCUUUAUUAUUUGAUUGCCGCCCUUCUUCCAAUGACGACUUCUUUCUUCAAUAUAAUUCCAGGUCUUGCUGAUAUUAUGAAGAGACUGCUUAUCAAGUAUGACAACUUAUUUGAGGUGUCGUUUCCUUAUUCCAUGGGCUGGCAUGGUAAGUAACAAGACACGUUUGUACUUAGCAUUUUCCUCAACAGCGCGAGGGGAGCAAAGGUAGCACAGUGGUGAGGGAACUUGCCUCCCAUCCGACCAAUGUACCCUGGGUUCAAAUCCUGGCUUCGACGCCAUAUGUGGGUUGAGAUUGCUUUUGGUUUUCUCCCUCGCUCUAAGAUGUGUUUCUUUGGGUUCUUAAUUACAAUUAGAGUUGUCUUUGCUACUUCGAGGUCACAAGACGUCUAGCAAUGAGACUAUUUAAGUGUUUUUAUAUUGAACAUCCACAAACAGUAUGAAUAAAUACUGUUAUGUAGAUACCGCUUUCAGCUCCUUGAUGCUUGUGCCAGGUUUUUUUCCCUUUUCAGUGCACGAGCACGAAGAAUUCUGCUCUUUGUUUCAACCUCUUGUCCAACAUGCCUUUUAAACAACAAUAUGUAAACUAUUAACAUUCUCCCCCGCUGUAGCCUGCGUAGCAGGCGCUUGGAAGUUACAUGCGAGAAAGAACGGGGUGCGCGACGGAGACGCGCGAGGGGAGAGGAAGCUCCUUGCGUGUCUCCCUCGCGCGCCCCUUUUUUCUUCAAGCACCUACUACGCAGGCUAUCCCCGCUGUGAUUCUCUCUUCAUGUUUUUAACAAUUACAUUUCAUACUGCAUUUUUCAUUGCUUCUAUCAGGAGCACCGACAGGAAAACAGGACACAGACUGCAGGUGAAUGAAUUUUAUUAGACUGUUCACAGUCGCCUAUUUUUUCGUAAAGGUACGGUAAAACGAGCAACAAAAACGGGCAACUUGUUGAAUAGCUACGCUGAUUUUUUUACCUCUGCAUCGUGCGUCCCUGACGCAUAAGAAUCCCCAAAGACACAAAAUUACCGGUAUUCGUGGCGUGCGUCCCCUAGGACACAAAGAUUGAUCGAUCUGAAGUUGUCUUUGUAGAAAAUCCUAUUUGGUGUGAUCUCUGUGUCUGUUCUUGUGGCUGUCGUUUAACGACGCACAUCUCUUUUAGUCUUUUUAGUGUUUUACAAUAAAAGGAGUAAAUUUUUAUUUCAGUAAACUGUAAUACAGAGUUUUGAAGUCUUUUUUCAUAUUAACUAUUUGGUUACACAAAGACACGAGCAGUUUUAAUUUAGGACUCGUGGGCGUUUGAACUGGGACUCACCACAACUAUUUGUAACAAGUCACUGUCACUAUGUUGCGCGCUUAACUACCCAAGAAUAAACCUGUCUUGCAGCAAAUUAGGUUGCUGCAGGUUGCAACAAGUUGUUGCAGAAAGUAGAGAGUAGUUCUACUUUUUGCGAGAAAAUUUUUUCAUGUGGAGCGUUUUUCCCAAGGCAAACUUGUUUUGCAUCAAGUGACGUAACUCCCGUGUAUGGCGUGACUCCCGCGUAAUUUUAUCCAAUCAGAAGUCUGUAUUCACGUAACUUGCAACGACCUGAUCAGUUGCAAGAACGUGAGUGGUAAAACGCGCAACAUCGCUUUUUAACUCGUUUUGCAGCACUGUUGAAAAACAGGUCGACAUUUUUGUUGCCCGUUUUGCCGUACCGUUGCCUCUUAGCACAGGAAUACCAGGGAAAAUAGGUCUCUGCUUGCUGAAAAACCUUAGAGUAAUAUCGUCGAGAACAAGCGCUACAGGCGGCCAUCUUGACUGAGUGCAUCCUCGGAGACCCAGGUGGAGAUAGUGGGGACGAGGGAAAGUCUAAACGGGCGGAAAAAUAUGGCACGAAGAAAAGUAAAGAUCGGCGAGAAGAGCCCCUGGGGAGAAUGUCUUACCAGACCAGUUCCAAACGGUCGCCGCCGUUCUGGCUUCUGAUUGGUGCCAGAAAACUUGUAUUUUUCUGGCACCAAUCAGAAGCCAGAACGGCGGCGACCGUUUGGAACUGGUCUGUUAAGACAAUGUCCCCAGGGGCUCUUCUCGCCGUUCUUUACUUUUCUUCGUUCCAUAUAUAUUUUUCCACCCGUUUAGACUUUCCCUCGCCCCCUUUAUCUGCCCCUGGGUUUCCGAGGAUGGACUGAGUGUACAAUGUGGAACAAAAGUGUUAACACACUUGGCCCCUUAUUUGCGUAGUAGACAUAUCUAUCUCCUACCCCUUUGCACCCCAACCCCUCCCCCAAACCAAUGUUGUGUUUUUAAAGCUAUCAAGUCCUUCUUCCUUCUGAUUCGCGGGUGGUGAAACCAAUCUUUGUCACACAAUAUUUUGCAAGGGAAAGAGCAAAACGUUGGAUGCCAAGAGGCUGGUUGACUGAUUAGGAAAUACUAGGAGUACGGGAAUUGACAUAAAUGUUUUUUGGGGGGUUUCUGUUGGAAAUAGUUGUUUACGUUAAGAAAAAACCUACAACGAUUUGCAGUGGCAUGAGAUUUUGUCGCAGUCGCCAUUCAAUACAUCUACUGAUACUGAAACCACCGCAUACUGCCGCGUGCAUGGCCACUUUUUCACGGUAAACUGAAUAUGUGAGUCGGAUUCGUGGCUUUCAGGCGAUCCGACUCAGGUUGGGUAUAUUUGAUAAACGUUUUCAAAUCAAAACUAUUUGCUUUUUGUUUCGACUGACUGAUUUUAAAAUAUUACUUAUCUUUUUGUCUUUUUGUCUGAUAGUCACUGGCAGCUACACGCCCAUUACUAUCCCCCUUUACUUCGUUCUGCCACGGUAAGCUAGUUGCUAUUGUUGUUGAUUACCAGGGAAUUUAACUGAGAUACCAUGGGGGCGACGGCGGCGUAAGACCUCGGCCAAACUUCGAACUUUUGGUGAGACGAACUAAACUUAGUGAGUGAAGUUCAUCGUCCAACUCGUUCUAUCCGUCUGCUUCAGACAGAUAGAACGUCUGAAAAUCAUCUCCAGGACAAACGUUGAUCUUCACAUGCGACGACGGAACUGAACUAAUAAAUUAAAAAUUUGUUUGAUAAGGUAAACUUAGCCUCGUUCGGGUGAAAAUGUAUUAAAAUUUCUUUUUGGUCUGAUUCAGUUGAUUGAUUCGAUGCGUCCUAAGUUUGACGCCUGACCCAAAAAGUUAAUGUAGUUCGAUCCAAAUUAGAGUUUGGUUCUUCUCAUGAAAAGUUCGACGUUUGGCUAGGCCAAAGGCACCCGAUCUCUGCUUAUAUUUUAGAAAGCAACUCCUCGUCGGUGUUUUCUUGCGAGUGUAUCCUUCUUUAAAUUGACUUAAACCCUUUAAAAAAAAAAAACAACAACAACAACAACAACGUUGCUGGUGUUGUUUGCAACUUUUUGAUUGUUUCAAACAAUCCCCACGACCCAAAACCGGUUUAAAUUGUUUCCCUUAUUUACAAGUUUAGUAUAAUUAACAAGUAAACUAUUCACAAACUUUGUCAUUACACGAGUUAGAGAAACAAUAGAACACGAAGUCCCCGACAAGGUUACUUUAACGGCAAGAGAGAUGUUUUUUGUACCUAAUAAAACGAAUCCUUUGUUGUUGUAGGUAAAGAAAUUCAUGGUUGGUUAUGAGAUGUUAGCUCAGGCACAAAGAGACCUGACAGCAGAACAAGUGAGUAAUAAGUUGAAUGUGGGGAGUGAGUCGGGUUAUGACAUUUACAGCGUAUUUUCCAGUCAAAUCGAGACUUUAACAUGCAUCCGUCUACGGGCAUACUUUUCGUCUCCAUGCCCAACAAGUAUAGUAUGUCAAUAGGGCUGGUUCACCAUUUUUGCAUUGCGCAUAACAGAGAAGUGUGUCGUCACAAAAAUGUAAGUUUAUGAAAUUAUAGGUUUGGUAGGUAUAUCCAAAAAGAACAAGAUAGAAAAAGCCCCCUCCCCUUGCCAAAAAUCAGCCUGUUAGUACAAAUUAGUGGGGAGAUCUAAGCACCAUAUGAACUGAUGACUUCAUACAAAUCCGUCUUAAAUUGACAUGGAUCGUUUACAAUCCACUAUCAAGAUCGGCACCACCCAGCUUCACUCAGUUACAGAAAUCUCACCGAAAUCACUGUUCCUUUUUGUCCACAAAAUCCCUAUCCGGGAUGGGUUACAUGCUGGCACAAGAUCUAUCCGUUACAGUCUACACAUAGCCUUAUUAUGUUUGUUUGUUUUCACUAAACGUAGUUCCUUCUUGUUAUUUAGGCAGCAGAAAAACUCAGGAACCUUCCAGAUGUUCACUACAAGGUAAAAUUCAUAGUCCAAAAUGACGGGAAAAUGUCAUUCUUUUCUCCGUGGUGAUUGGCUCUCGAAGUCUUGUUGUCAGUAAAAGAUUCUUUUGAAUUCUGCAGAUAAGAUUGAGGGAAGAGGGGCUAAUUAAAAUAUAGUCGGCUACACAGCCGUUUUUAGUGUCGUCACGCAACGCUCCGUCACGAAACGCUCCUCAUGGGGAGGAGCGUUGCGUGACGACACUAAAAACGGCUGUGUAGCUGACUAAUUAAAAUAGGGACAAAAGAAUAGUUUAUUUCUGCCAUUAUGGAAUAAGAUGCAGUAAAGGCUCCCCAUGCCCAACCCAGGGGAUAAACUUGUCAAUUACUUUUCCUUAACUGGCAUUACUGCGCAUAUCAGUGUGGCAAGGAUCGCUAAUAAUAGUUGUUGACGACUGUCUUACAAAAUUAUUGCUGACAAUAAACUGCCACGUUUGUUACCGAGAACUUUUGAAUAGAAAAAGAGUUUUGCUACUGAUUACUAUCUUUUCCUCACCGACUGGCUUUGUGUUCAUACAAUAACUUUCUGUUAUCGACAACUAAACACUUAGUUAACAACAACUUACUAUAAAAUAAAGAUCUCUAGUCUCUUGCGUCCCAGAGAACGCCAACUCUCAUUCCUAGUCCAAUCAGAAGGUUCAUAUUCCCCUUUUUGUUUCGAACUGUGUUAUUUUCAAAUUCUUAUAAGUUCUUUUGUAUAUUUUUUUUGGGGGGCUAAUUUGUUUAUACAUCUUUCAGAACAAAUAAGAUACAAGGCAAGGAAAGGCAAAUGGACUCUCUGAAUCAGAGAUUCAAUAACAGAAAAGCAAGACUUCUUGGUGCUUGAAUAUUGCGGGACGGUGCAGGGAUUAUCAAUGUAUGGUGGCGUUUUGCGUCCUUUUUAUAAGAGUUCGUCACGAUUUGAUAUGAACAAUUGUAUGGAUAAUAAGCAAAGUGUUAAAUUUACCAGCAGCCUGGCAAGGUUUUCAGUCAGUAAAGGAACGACAGUUUGAUCUUCAUUUUUGUCACCUCUAGAUUUCCUUUUAAAUUAAGCGAACUAGGUGUAGGGAUUUAGGGUUAGGAGACAAGGAAUAUAUAUAUUUAGUGAAAUCCAACUAGUGGUCUGUUAUCAAUGCUGCAUUCUGAUUGGUUGAGCUACCACUAGGCUAUAUGUUAUAGCCCACUAGUAGCGAAAAGCGCUGGCUUUUUGGCGGCAAAAGAGGACUUAAGUCUAGCUUUAACUAGCUAGAGUUGUUUUGUCUCGAUAUUUUUGACCAACUAGUUGGAUUUUACUAAAACAAUUAUUCCGCUCGCCCUCAUGGCCUCUGAGUCAAUAGCCCAUUCGGCCUUCGGCCUUAUGGGCUAUUGACUCAGAGCCCACUCGGAAUCGAGGAAUAAUUGUUAAAUAUAUUUUUUCAUGUUUGUAUUACGUUACAGCCAUUAGUGUUUUGGAAAACCUGCCCAGGACCCGGCCAUUAUGGACACCUCUCUCUUACGGACAGUUCUCUUGGUUCUAAAGAUACAAAACUUUGUUAUUAUCUAGCUGAUCUGUACUCCUAUAAUACACACACCUGUCUAUUACAGACAGUUUUGUUUGUCCUAAUGAUGCCCAAUUUAGUCCGUUACCAGGCGCUUUGGAGACCGCGCUGAUCUGGAAACUAGUUUUGCCACUUUGAAAAGCGUUUUGCUCAACCCGAAAUAAAAAGUACGCGUGGGAUUCACCAUGAUAAUUUUUGGGGGUGAUUUUUGCAGGCAUGUCAUUAAAACUUGAAAACAUUGGCCCAACCUUUUCAAGUUUCAGUCCAUGUCCAUCCUUGUCAUCCGUAGCAAUAGACCACAGGAAACAGUUUCAAUUUGCAAAUCAGCCAAGAAAUGGUAUCUAAUGCGCAUGUGCAUAAGCUGAUAGAAUCCCUUUAAAUUCCCUUACCUUGCAUCAAUUUUACAAAUAGACCCGCUUCGACCCUAGGCACACACGGUGCCUGUGAUAUCUUGGGAAGAAAACACUUCACUCCUGUUUUGCAUUCUUCCCAUAUUGUCCUGCAUCCUCCUUUCAGCGCAUUUGCGGGAGGCCUGGACACAAGAAAGCUCAGCCAUUCCUUUCUCUUGUUCUUAAUUUGUUGUGAAUGAAUUGCCCCAGUGGUUUAAAUUAAGUUUUAAUACAAAAUUAUAAUUAUUGUAUGUUAAAAUUAUCUGUUGCUAGCUAGAACACAAAUACGAUGGAUAAUAAAUAGUAUUUUUUUAAAUUAACAAGAUUCUGUAGUACUUGAAUAUGUGAACCAAUUACCAAUAAGCCAUUUGCAUGAUGGCGUCUUUUUAGUGGAGCUUGCUUUAGCAGUAAGACUAAAAAUAAAAAUGC